GGUUGUAAAAAAAGCAUGAACUGUUUGCAAAUUGCCUCUUGAAUUAACGCUGUUGUAUACAUAUUGACAAUGUUUUGUCCCGAGGUACCUCAAAUCGGUUUGGAUAUGACUUGUUGAAUAUUUUGGUAGCCUAUUAACACCUACGAGUUGUCAAAAGAUGGGAGAAUUUUUAGUUCACCAUGUAAGAUUGUUUGAUUUUGUGCCAAAAGCCAUUCACUGUUUGGCAAGUGACGAAGACACACAAAGACUAGCGUUGUCCAGAUCAGAUGGUUCAGUAGAAAUCUGGAGUGUCAAAGACAACUGGUUCCAGGAAAAGAUAAUACCUGGUCAAGAUGACCGGUCAGUGGAGGCCUUGGUGUGGUGUCAACAGAGGCUGUUCAGUGGUGGACUUCAGGGAGACAUCACUGAGUAUGACCUGAUGCAGUUAUCUCACAAGGGUACACAUCCAUCUAAUGCAGGGGCAGUGUGGUGCCUGGUUGCCAACAGUAAACAAACACAUAUAGCUGCGGGGACAGAGGAGGGCUGUAUAGUCAUAUUUGAACUCACAGAGGAGGGGCUGAUAUAUGAUAAAGCAUUAGACAGACAAGAAGGUCGUAUCCUGUCCCUGGCGUGGCAUGAGGGUGGGGAGAUGAUGGUCAGUGGUGGUAUAGAUAACAUCAGGAUAUGGAGUGUCCAGUCUGGCCAUGCUGUCCAGAGACUGACCCUUGGAAGACAGGACAGAAAUAAAGACACCAUUGUGUGGAGCAUUGCAGUGACACAGGAUUUUACCAUCAUAAGUGGAGAUUCCAGAGGGAAGACCACAUUCUGGAAUGGCAAACAAGGCACUGCUUUGAAGAGUUACCAGAGUCAUAAGGCUGAUGUGCUCUCAGUCUGUGCUAGUCAGGACGGUACGUCAGUGUUUGCCAGUGGGGUGGACCCUGCUCUCGCACAGUUUGAGUACACAGCUGCACAGGCCAAUAGCGACUGGAAGAUGUGGGUGAGGUCAAGCGUACGCAAUCAGCACACACAUGACGUGCGUGCAGUCACAAUAGCUGGAGAUAGUGUUAUAUCAGGAGGUUUGUGA